AUGACCUCUAUUGACUGUCGCCAUCUCUGCAUUCUAGUUCUCGACCAUCAUUCGUCUACAAAUCUGAGAUAUACCCAAACAGGGGAAAGGCUUCGUGAGACAAUUCUAAGGAAAAAUCAGAAGCCAGCGACCCUUAGCAAGUUGGUAGCACCAAGUACUAUACCACCAAGUACUAUACCAUCAAGUACUAUACCACCAAGUACUAUACCAUCAAGUACUAUACCAUCAAGUACUAUACCAUCAAGUACUAUACCAUCAAGUACUAUACCACCAAGUACUAUACCACCAAGUACUAUACCACCAAGUACUAUACCACCAAGUACUAUACCACCAAGUACUAUACCAUCAAGUACUAUACCACCAAGUACUAUACCACCAAGUACUAUACCAUUAGCUGCUUAUCCCAAGCUGUUUCGGCACUUUCCUUUUGAUACAUCAGCUACUGGGGGAGGGGAGAACCUGCUGCAGGGGCGUCAUCGUUCCGUCCCUAGCUAA